AUGGGCUUGUAUGAGAUUCUUGAGAUUGAGUCGCUGGCGUCUUCUGCCGAUAUCAAGAAAGCCUACAGAAAGCUAGCACUCCGAUACCAUCCCGAUAAAGCCACCGAGGAAGAGAGACAUAUCGCCGAAACGAAAUUCAAGGAGAUCUCGCACGCGUACGAAAUACUCAGCGACGAGGCAAGACGUGAAGAGUACGACUUUUACGGUACCACCGAUGGGAUCCAUGGCCAGUCUCAUAUGUAUGGAGAACCUGAUGGGAAUCCAUUUGAAAACUUCUAUGGCGGAGGAGGGCAACAGUAUGAUCCACGUGAUUUCUACAAUUUCUUUAAUGACAUGAACGGAGCCAAUGGUCACAGACAGUCAGCUGGGGCCAAAGCUCGAACCGAAGAUGCUGAAAUAGAAGUCGAUGUCACACUUGAGGAUUUGUUUAAGGGUAAAAUUAUCAGAACCACUUCGACUAGAAACAUCAUUUGUACCCUUUGCAAAGGUAAGGGCGCCAAAAAGAAUGCAGUGCCCAAAAAGUGUAAUACUUGUGAUGGAGAAGGUAUAGUACGCAAGAUUCGUAGAGUGGGUCCCGGACUUGUAACCCAAGAGUAUGUAGACUGCAGUGCCUGCGAAGGUAUAGGAAAGUUCUACAGAACCAAGGAUAGAUGUAAGAAGUGUGAAGGUAAGCGAGUGAUUGAAGAAACCAAGAUCUUGGAAUUUGAGAUAGUCAAGGGUUCACAUAGUGGAGAGAAGAUUGUGCUUUCUAAGGAGUCAGACGAAUACCCAGGAAAGGAAACCGGUGAUGUCAAGUUGACUUUUACCACUAAAGACCAUCCCGUUUUCACCAGGAAGGGCGACGAUUUGUACGCCAAAUACAAGAUUCCACUUGUAGAGGCACUUUGUGGGUUUUCCAGAGUGUUGGUGAAGCAUUUAGAUGGUAGAGGAAUCAAGGUAUCUACGCCUCCAGGAAAAGUAAUACGUCCCGGAGACUAUAUCAAGAUCACAGGCGAGGGCAUGCCUGUCAAGAAUGGCUCGCUGGGAUGGUUCGGUGGCUCAUCGUCCAAACGAGGGGACUUGUAUAUCGAAAUGGAGAUCGAAUUCCCUACGGACAAUUGGUACUUGGAAAGAAACGAUAUCCUUAAGAUGAAGAAUUUGCUUCCUUCAGCCAUAAAGAGCAAACUGGAUAUGUCCAGACAAACCGUUGACAAUGACUCGUUGCCUGAAGCAAACAUAGAAGUGUUUACCGACUUUACCAUCGCCAAACAAGACGCAUUGCCAGACUACAAGGAAGACUCUCCAACUCCUGCCCCAGAAGAAGAGCACCAUAAUGGCUACAAUGGCUACAAUGGCUACAGUGGCUUCGAUGGGAGCGCACAACCGGAAUGCACUCAGCAAUAG